ACAUCCCUCUGUGAGUAACUCUUCUACCGGCUCGUGCGUGAUUUGAAAACACACCCGUUGUUGUGGGCCUUCACCAUGAAGCACUGCAUGCUGCUGCCUCUGUUGUUGGCGCUGGGAUGCAUGUACGUCCGCGCUGCACCGAUGGCACAUGAAGACAUUGAGGAGGGGUCAUGUGAAGACGCGUCGGCAAUAGGAGCUGCAGGACUCGCUAUCACCAAGAUCAACCAGGACCGGGUGGAGGGCUACGUCUUCGGCCUGCACCGUCUGUCCAACGUGCACAUGACAAGACACGGACAGAGCGGCACGGUUUUCUACCUGACUCUGGAUGUUGUGGAGACCAACUGCAGCGUUCUCAGCAAGAAGGACUGGAAGGCCUGCGAGGCUCGUCCCACCCAUGACACACCGGUAUAUGGACAGUGCAAAGCUGCCAUCUACAUCAGUAAGGUGCACAGAGUGGUGCGUCUUUAUAAGUACGACUGUGUUAUCAGACCAGUUCCUGGAGGCAGGGUGCAUCGACUGUGUCCCGACUGUCCGUCUCCUAUGGGCCCGCAACACGCUGAGGUUCAGAAUGCAGUGACUCUCUCGCUGGAGAAAUUCAACAGUGAGAGCGGAUUGUCCAAUCGUUUCUCUCUCCUCAAACUCCAACGUUCUCGAGCCGGGAUGGCCAUGUCAAUGUACUACGUUGUAGAGUACACCAUCCAGGAGACCACCUGCAACAAAAGCGCAACAGCUGAUGAGUGCCCCCACAUGGAGUGCGAGUUCGCUCACAAGGGCUUCUGCAAGGGAAGCCUCUUCUACUCUCCGUCCAAGGAUCCUGGAGCCACUGUCGAAUGUGAGAUCUAUGAGCCUGAGGCCGCUGAAGCAGAGAAGAAACAUCAUAUCUUGGGCGGAGAGACCGACCACAGCCACAAAGACACCCACGCUCACAGCCACGACCAUGACGGUGUACACGCCGCCGACGGAGCACACACACACGACCAUGACCACGACCACACCAAGAGCCACACACAUCACAGCACCACCCAGAAGCACGCUGGAGACAGCGACCACCACCACACACACGACCACGAGGUGGGCACCGGCCACAGGCACGCUCACGACCACUCCCACGACCACGGGCAUGGCCACGAUCACGUGCACACUCAUCACGCCAAAGCACACAACCACAGCGGCGACGCGCUCACCCAGCACCACAACUACCAGCACGCCGACAGCGCACACACCCACGAGCACGACCACGAGCUGGCUCUAGAUCACGACCACAAGCACGCUCACCUGCACGACCACGAGCACCACCACCAUCACCACGAGCAUGUGCACGAGACAACAGCCCACGACCACCCAAUAGGCGCGGUGAGGAUUUUGCCCGACAUGGACCAGCCCAUGACCCUGCCUUCUUUCCCUGACACCCCCGUGGGUGGGCCUGCAGUGGGAGUCACCCUGCCCCUCAAGCCAGACCCCCAGGUGCCCGGACAGACGGAACCCACCAUCAGGCCCUUCCCCAAGGCGAUCUCAGCCAGUUGCGUCCCGGCGCCGAGGGGAGACAGCCUGGUGGAGAAAGUCUUCGCUGAGGACCCUAUGUUCAAACCCGCUGCAUGAGGUGGUCCAUUGAAAUUCACUUAGAAAGAAUGGAUGUUUAAACAUAUAAGAACAUAAAAAAGGGCAAGCAGGAGAAUAUAUGCAGUAACAGUUUUGCCUCAGACACAGUGAUGGACCGUGUUACGCAACUUGAGUGUUUACCUGGGUCACUCUUUGUAAAUGGUUUUGUUGUUUCUACAAUCUCUACAGAAACAACCGUAAAAAUGCACCAAUAAAAGGCAACGUUCAAUUCUGGAGGCAAACAUGAAUGUUUUCUGUGUUUGUAUGUUUUUUCUGCUUAGUUGCACCAAAACAAAUAAAUGACACCACACAUUCGUGUGUUGAUUCAAUGCACUAA